GAGGAGGUGGUGGUGGUGAUGGUGGAGGAGGAGGAGCAACAGGAGGAAGGAGAAAGGAUGGCGGAGGAGGUGGAGAUGAUCAGCAAGGCGGGGGAGGAGUUGGGACGGCCUAGGACACCGACGCCGAACCAACGGUCUUCGACACAGCAGCGCGCGCCGCUGCUCGAGAUUGACCCUGCGGCGACGAGAUCACCAAUGAGGUCGAGCAGGAACACGCGUCCGGGUACUGCGGGGGGGCCUCCACCUACUUCAGGGGCGCAGCCGCCGACAAACAGGAAGCCAUCGAUUAGGACGGAGGAUUUUAUCAAUGAGGCGAACAAGAUUAUGGCCAUGAUUCGGAGCAAGGCCGGGUUGGCGAGCGGGCUGGCGAGCUUGGAGGAGUCGGAGGGGGAGAAUGCGCAGGCGGUUAUGGACGGGGAGAGUUCUUAUGCUUCGAGCAAGGAGCCUUUUUCGCGACCGCCGAGCCGGGAGGGGAGGCCGCCGUUGUCGAGGAGGCCGACGAAGCAGGAGGAUCCGGAACUGGCGGAGAGGUUGAAGAAGUAUGAGGAGGGGAGCGAGAUGGGGGAUGUUAUUGCUAGCUCGGUGAGGUCGAGGGAUUUGAGCUUGGAGGCGUUACGGGCGGCGAGGGAGAGGGAGGAGAUGGAGGAGAGGGCGAGUCAGAUCAAGGCUUCGUAUGGGAGUGCUAAUGCUGGAAUGACGAGGACGUCGCUGUUUGAUAAUGAUGACGGGGGGGUUAUUAGCGACCCGCCGAAUUUGAGAAUCUCGAGGAAUCCCGAGUGGCAGGAGGGGGAUGUUUUUACGGAUGAGGGGCCGGCUUCGUACGGGACUAGCAAUCCUGGGUCUGUUGGGACGAAUUCUACCUAUGCCACUCAGUCGUCAAGAGGGUCUUCGAGGGGUUCGGAGGCGAGGAAGACGAUUGCGCCGGAGAGUGUCCUGCAUUUGAUUCCGGACAGGGUGGGGAAUAUGGUGUUGGAUAGGCAACGGAAUGUGUGGAUCAAAAAGAGACCAUCACCAACGCCGGCACCACCGCCUGUGGUUCUUCAGGGAAGGAGGUCAAGGGCUAAUUCGGCGAGGUCAAACUUUCUGCCGUCGGAGGCGAGCGAGGAUGAUCCUUUUGCUGGGAUACCAGAUUUGUCGGUUGAUAUCACGAUGGAGAUGCAGAACCUGGCGCUGGCGACGGGCAGGAAGGAGAGCGGUUCGGAUACAAUGUUCAACCAAGGGUCUACGACGCCAGAGAGCCCAAAGAGGGGCCCUUCGGCGGAUGUCAGUAGUCUGAGUGGUGCUAGUAUUGCGACUGCCACUGCGGCCUUGAGGCUGAGCAUGGGUAAUGGGGAGACCCCGAGUCGCGGGCCGAGGUCGACUAUCUCUCUCCAGACAAAUCUUGCGAAUCUCAAGACGCCGACGAGAGGGGAGGCAAAGAUUAGUUUGAGUGAGGACUUGGCUGCUCUCAAGGAGCGUAGGAGGUUGACGAUCAGCUUCUCUUCGCCCAUUGCAGAGGUUAUCCAGGAUUUGUCGGGUGGUGAGGAUGAGUUUGAGUGGGAAGAAUCCGGGGUUAUUGAGCAGGUUGCUGAAGAUAUUGCCAAGGAUGUUGCUCUGGAUCAGCUGAAACGGGGUAGGAAAACCGUUUCUAUCCAGGCGACUCCCAGGAGGCGGACGUCAAGGUCGAGAAGCACUUCGAGAGGUCCGCCGAGGCACCUUUCGUUCCGGGGCCAGACCCUUAUGGCGAGGCCGGUGUCGAGGAUUGAUGAGCACGAGGAGGAAUCUGCGCAGGCCCAGGCCCAGGGCGGUUCUAACGGUGCGUCUGGGAUGGAGCUCAGCAUUGUGCCGGAGAACAGCGUUGUUGCUCAUGAGGGUGAUGAACGGCACGGCAGUGUCAGUAUUGUCGUCACUCCUGCUCGGCCGUCGACGUGUCCGAUUCCCGACAUGAACAAUACGCCGAUUAUCAGCCAGUAUGUCGGGACGUUUUCGCUCAGCCCCAUGUCGGAGUUCACCGUUCAUCGUCCGGAGGAGACGUUGCCACUCGAGGCGAGCUAUGUGGUUAAUGACCACCGCUUAGUGACUGGCAGCCCUUCCAAGCGCCACGUCUCGAUGAGCACCCGCCAGCUGGUGGACAAGAUUGCCGAGGUGGAACCGUUUGAGCCUUACUGGGAAGACAUGCGCGAGCUCGAGCUGCGCGACAAGCAGCUUGACAGUUUGCACUCGCUGGACGACUUUUGUGGACAACUUGAGAGCCUGGAUGUCUCCAACAAUGCCAUCCGGAACCUGAGCGGGAUCCCGAUUUCGGUGCUGCAUUUGAGGAUGGCCAACAAUCAGCUCUCGGGGUUGACGGCAUGGGGGCAUUUGAUGAAUCUGCAAUAUGUUGACGUUUCGAACAAUGCGUUGACGAGCUUGACGCCGCUGAGGACGCUUGUUCACCUGCGGAGCAUCAAGGCUGACAAUAAUCAGUUGACAAGUUUGGAUGGGAUCAAGUAUCAUCGUGGACUUCAGAGUCUUCGCGCGAGGGGGAAUCAGAUUGAGGAGGUUGAUUUCGAAGGGGCUACCCUGUCGCAACUGACGGAUCUUGAUUUGAAGGGGAACAGGAUCAAGACUGUCAUCAACCUCGACGCUCUCCCGGCUCUGUCGUCUCUUGAUCUGGAAGGCAACCAGCUCGAGUCGUUUUCUGCUGGUUCCGACACCCCGAUGCACUCCCUUCGUUAUCUGUAUCUCAACAACAACCAGCUCACCUCCCUCUCCGUCGCCAGGAUGCCUCACCUCCGCCUCCUCCACGCAGACAAGAACUUUCUCGUUCGCAUCAGUGGGUUCUCCCGCGCGAGGAGGAUUGACUCGCUGUCUCUUCGCGAGCAGCGGUCCAGCACCCCGCUCGACCUCCCCUUUUUGCUGUCUCGCGUGUAUGAAGUCCGCAAGUUAUUCCUCUCGGGCAACCCGCUCCACACGUUUGAGCCGCAGGUUGAUUUUUUGAAUCUGCAGCUCUUGGAGGUGGCGAAUUGCGGGCUGGAGCGGUUGCCAAAGGAUUUUGGGAUGUUGAUGCCGAAUUUGAGGGUGUUGAACCUGAACAUGAACGCGCUGAGCGAGAUUAGGCCGUUGAGGUAUAUCCCCCGGCUGAAGAGGUUGUUUGUGAGCGGGAAUCGGCUGGGGGAUGCGGCCAAGCUGGUGGAGGUGCUGGGUGGGUUUAGGUGGUUGAGGGAGUGUGAUGUGAGGGAUAAUUUGGUAACGUUGGGGUUUUAUACGCCGUUGCAGCAGCGGGAUAAUAAUCAUUUGGUGGUUGCUGUGAAGGGGGGGAAGGAGGGGGAGAAGGAUGAGGGGGGGAGGUUUGUGCUGCCGGAGCAGGAUCGGCAGAGGGAUAGUGAGUACAGGGGGCGGUUGGAUUCGAAUACGGCUAUGAGGAGGAGGUUGUGGGAGUUUAUGGUUUCGGAGAGGGUGCCGAGUGUGAGGAAGCUGGAUGGGUUGGAGGUUGGGGGUGGGGAGAAGAAGGAGGAGGGGGAUGGGGCUUGGAGGAAGUUGUGGAAGGGGGGUUGGUUGAGG